AUGAGGUUGUUUUUGAGGUCGCCUGCCGCCGGUCUGCAGUCGGUGGAUGUUUCGCCGUCGGAGUCUGUGCAAGCUUUGAUUGAGCGAGUUGGAGGAUACCGGACUGCUCCAUCGUGUGGGCGUUAUUUGUCGUUUGGUGGACGCAUUUUGGAAGAAUGUGAAGUCAUUGGAGAUCUGGAACUCGAAGAGUGUGCAUGCCUCGACUUAAAUUACGAACUGUCGGGUGGCGCUAAAAAGCGUAAAAAGAAGGUCUAUACUACUCCUAAGAAGAUAAAGCACAAGAGGAAAAAAGUUAAACUCGCUACUCUGAAGUUCUACAAGGUUGACUCCAAUGGCAAGAUCACUCGUCUGCGUCGUGAAUGCCCCAACGAAAAAUGUGGUGCUGGUGUCUUUAUGGCAAGCCACUUCGACCGACAAUAUUGUGGAAAAUGUGCGCUUACCUAUAUGCAUAGUAAAAAGUGA